CUCGCCGCACCCACCCCGCAAGCCUGCUUCAUCUCCACCAAAUCCGCCCUCCCCGCCGAAGUCGCCUCUUCCAUCCCCGCCCUCGCCCGCACCAUCCGCUGCUCCACAACCACCUUCCUCCAAACAUCCCCCACAAAAAUCCCCGACCUCAUCUCGGGAUCCACCUCCUUCUCAUCCAUCGAUUUCCGCAACUCCGCCCUCGACCCGCUCGGGUUCGCGUUGGCUAACUUCGCCGUCAACGACCCCAAAACCGCGAACUUGGCAACCCUGACCGAGAAACUGAACGUCUACCUCGCCUUCGAAGCCGCCCUCCGCUCCUCCGGCGCGAGCACCAGCGCAUUGACAAAGGCCAAGGUCCCCAAAUUCUUCCUGCAGUUCCAGCUGGCGAGGGUCGAGGUGGCGCAGACCGGGAAGACCGCCGUCGCCGGCGGCGUCGAGCAUCAGAGGGCAAAGGUUAGCAAAAAUGCGGCCGCCAUCAGGGCUUCGCAGGCCGAGCUGAAGGAGUUGGCUGCUAUCAAGGCGUAG